ACGACCUGGCACCGUCUUUUGCUAGCGUUAAUCAUCUUAGCAGUGGUUUUAUAUUACUCUCGAUUUCCAAGCAGAUUACGUGAUGUGGACCAAAGGUUUAAUUCUUCUAAUUUUGGCGCUAACGCCCCAGGCCAUAAUCGGUGUAGAGGAGCGCAGUCUAGAGGUAGUAUAUGAGUGGAAACAGCUCGUUUACGGUUUCCCGACCGAACAAGACCGACAGGACGCACUGGCCAAUGGCACUUUAGUGGAAGGAACUGGAGUACCAAUUGAUGUGGCACCAACUUCUUCGCGCGUCUUCAUAACAAUUCCCCGAUUUGAACCCGGCGUCCCGUACACACUGGCCACAGUGAGUAAUACUACUGAAGAUGAUGGCCCGGUUGUGGAACCAUAUCCAAGCUAUAGCUGGCAUAAUGCAAAUGGCGGUGAUUGUAACAGAAUCACUUCCGCAUGGCGUGUGGCGAUCACCGAGUGCAAUCAGAUGUUUGUUAUCGAUUCAGGCGAAGUCGGAACUACCCAAUACUGUCCGCCGCAGCUACUGAUCUUCGAUCUAAACAAUGAUACCUUAUUGCAUCGUUACAAGUUUGAUGAGAGCUUGUACACACCAUCGGCUUCACUAUUCAUCACUCCACUCGUUGUUGUGGACGAUCCCCCGCCAACAGGCAGCUGCCAAAGCUAUCAUGUUUACUUUGCUGAUGUCAGGUACCACGGUCUGGUUGUCUAUGACUCGGCGUCGGAUAGCGCCUGGCGUGCCGAGAAUAGAUUCAUGUACCCACAUCCCGAACAUGGAAUACAUACGAUUGCCAACGAAAGCUUCCAGCUGAUGGAUGGCAUGUUUGCUUUGUCUGCGGAUGACAGCCAACUCUACUUCCAUCCCUUGGCCAGCGGCAGCGAAUAUGCGAUUUCUUUGAGCGCCUUGAACAAUCGUACAAUUUGGGAUGCCGACGCGGACUCAAUUCCAGAUGAAUUCCAACUGAUAGCCAACCGCAGUAGUGGAUGUGGAGCCGAAGCGAUAGACAGUCAAUCGAAUUUAUACUGUGUUUCAUUUAAUCCGAUCGCGUUGAGCCUGUUGCCUCUGAAAAAUGAUGCAGUGAGUGAAAUUGCAGUGUCGGUAGAAGAGAGUCUAUUAGAGUUUGUCAGUGGCAUAAAGGUGUUCAACGGCACAGGCGAGGAAGAAUUGUGGAUGAACUCGAAUCGUUUUCAGAAAUUUAUGGCAGGCACUAUGAGUGCUAGCGAAGUUAACUAUCGCAUUGUGAAGCGGCAGGUGGAUGACAUACAGGCGCAGUACAAUUGAUAUCUUCUUAAUAAUUGAUUAAUUGUUUUGUUUCCUCACCGGUUGAAAUUAAACUUAUAAAAAAAAAAAAAA